UCCUUCCACUGGAGAAAUUUCCUAUUUUCAUAUUUUUAAUCGAGAUAUUUGAAGAGUAUAAUCUGAGUUGUUAUGUGGCUGCUUCCUGGAAGAUGCCAAUGAAUUGAAUUUGGUGGAAUUUCAUUUCUCUUUUAUCAUCUUCACAUUUCUUCUCUUUCAAUCAUUCUAAGUACUUUCACUUGCAAACCUCUCUGAAACCACAUCCUUUGAUUCCUUUGGUUUGCGCCUUACUUGCCCUGUCACAAAUCUGUCGGAAACUAGUUCCCCUGAUUUCUUCAGUUCGCAGCCUGGUUGCCCUGUUACUUUCUCUGUUUUACUUUCUUUAUUUCAGAAUCUUUUUGCCCUAUUUCUAAUUCUUUAUUUUCUUCUAUUUCAAUAUUUCGGAUUUCUUCAAAAAAAAAAAAAAAAAGCCUUUUUGCUUUCAGUUAUUUCUCGAUUACUAGAAAGAAUUAUCAUUUCUCGUAUUUAUUGUUAAUUUCGGCUGUUGUAUUUUAAUUAUUUUCAUUUUCUUUACUUCUGUUUUUCAAACCUGAAAAAAGUUAUAAAAAAUGGCUGAUAUUGCCGGGGUUGUGGUGAGUCCUGUCCUUCAAGUUGCCGAGUGGUUGGCUGUUCCGAUUUGGCGUCAAUUUAAGUACUUGCUCAACUACACUACCAAUUUCAAAAAUCUCGAAGAGGAAGUUAAGAAGCUGGAGUACACAAGAGAUAAAGUUCACCGUAAGGUUACUGCUGCUGUAAGAAAUGUGGAAGAGAUCAAUCAGAAUGUUAAGGACUGGCAGAAAGAAGUGGAGAAGACCAUUACUAAAGCAGAGCAAAUGAUUCAAGAGAAAGCGAACGACCCGCGUUGUUUCAAGGGAUUGUGCCCCAACUUUGUCAUUCACUACAGAAAAAGCAAGAAAGCUUUUAAAUUAAAGCACGAUGAUAUUGAUCGUCUCCUCCAAAAAGAGAAGGAAUUGAGUCCCAUUUCCAAACCUUCUAAUCCACCGGAUCGCCGGUUUAUAUCUAAUGAAGAUUAUUUGACUUUUGAAUCAAGAAACUCCUUGGUAAAGAAUGUAUGGGAUGCUCUAAAUGAUGAGAAUGUGUACAUGAUUGGUGUUUAUGGGAUGGGUGGUCUUGGGAAGACCACGCUUGUAGAGGAACUUGGUAGGAAAGCCAAGGAGGAUAAGCUCUUUGAGGACAUUGUUUUGGUUGAGGUUUCAGAAUCUCCUGAUGUAAAGAAGAUUCAGACAACAAUUGCAAAAAAAUUGGAUCUAAAAUUUCAAAACGAAAAUGAAAGUGAAAUGGCAGAUAAGAUGUAUUCAAGAAUGAAGGACAACAAUAUCCUUUUAAUUCUAGAUAAUAUUUGGGAACCUCUAGAACUUGAUAAGACACUAGGAAUUCCUCGCAGAGCUGAUCGUGGAAGAAAUAAACUUUUGUUCACAACAAGAAACUUAGAUGUGUUGGAGAGGAUGGGUUCCACAAAUAAUUUCGGGAUGGGCAUUUUAAAUAAAGAAGAAGCUUGGACCCUAUUUACCAAAAUGGCAGGUAACUGUGUUAUAGAAUUUUCGUUUGUAUGUUUUCUAGAUCAACACAUUUUAAUUCUAUUUUUUAAUUCUUUGAUGUGAAUAUCAAAAUAUCAAAUUAAUUAUAACAUGAACAAAUUCCAACUUCAAAUUUUAAUUUCACUUGUGUUCUUGAUAAAAA